AUGUCUAUUUUUUACAAUGAUUUGGGGAAUCCAGAUAGCAAUGAAAAAUAUGCUCGCCCUGUUCUUGGAGGAUCUACUUUACCGUACCCUCGUAGAGGAAGAACAGGAAGGCCACCUACUAACAAAGAUCCUAAGAGUGAGAAAUGGAGCGAUUUUGUUUACCUACCAAGGGACGAAGCAUUUGGUCACUUGAAGUCAUCGGAUUUUCUAACUUAUGGAUUAAAAUCUGUAGCCCAAGAUGUGAUGCCUGUUCUCACAGAUGCAUUUGAUGCAAAUAUCUUAACUCUUGAGUUUGGUGAUUUUGCUGAAGUGGAUAAACUCUAUACUGGUGGAAUUACACUACCUACAAACUUUCUCAGCAAGUUUUCCCCUUUGCCAGUACUCAAGGAAAUUCUACGAACAGAUGGUGAACAAUUCCUUAAAUAUCCACCACCCAAAGUCAUGCAAGUGAAUAAAUCUGCAUGGAUGACUGAUGAAAAAUUUUCUAGAGAAACACUUGCUGGUGUAAAUCCUAAUGUUAUUAAGAGUCUUGAGGAGUUUCCACCAGGUAGCAAGCUAGAUAGUAAAGUCUAUGGUGAUCAUACUAGUACAAUGAAAAAAGAACAUUUAGAGCCUAACUUAGGAGGGCUUACUGUAGAACAGGCUAUUGAGAAGAAAAAAUUGUUCAUAUUUGAGAAGAAUAAAUUCAAGCAAGACAAAGGCCUAUGCUACAAGGACAAUUUUCUUCUUGAAAGAUGA